AUGGGCUUCAUGAUGUCUUGCUGUCGUCGGCGACGUUCGCAUCAGGGCGACUCGGAACCGCUUCUCCCAAAAUAUACUGGCCAGCCACGCGACGCGCCCGGGCCCGCAACCCAUGUCGAGCGACUCGCAGACGUACUUGCCGCUUUCAAGGCCGGAAAGCUCCCUUCUCAAGACCAGGUUACUCAUGCUCUACAACGUAUUCUAAAAUCUCCUUUACUGGAUGCAGAUGCUAGGGUCGCCGAUUACGGGUCGCUGAGCAACACCGGCCGGGAAGUUAUCACGGACAUGAGAGACAUCGCUGAAGCGAUAGUACAAUUUGGCCUGGAGAAGAACGUCGACGACAAACUGCAGGACUUUUUCUAUCAAUGUCGUGUCAUGGACUCGGUCCCCGUUCAUGCAGACAUCGCCGUCGACGUGAACCAGAUUGCAGGAGGAGUGGCGCAAACAAUCCUUACAGCACAAGAAGUACCAUCUGCAGACGAAGCUGGACGCGAUAUGGAAGAAAUACUUGCUUCCCUUCCACAUCUCUUUCGCGCUGUUGCAUCCUCUGCAGCAUUUCGCGCCGUGCUCUCGGAUGUCUGGCUUACCGCGAGAGAGAUGCUUGCGGACGCAGCGUCUGACGUCAGCCAGGUCGCCUCCCAGGUCCAGACUACAGCCAACGACGUAGAACGCUCUGUGCGACCGGCCGGCUCGCUUAAUGAUGCGAAGGGGAAGGCACGAGACGUUGGCCAGGAUACUCAGGAAGAACAUCGAGAUGUACACGCAGAAGAUCUCGAUCGCUCGCAGGAAUCCCUUGUCGCUCGCAUGCAGGAGAUCAUGGGUCGUGCUCAUCGGGAUCCGGCCCUUCAUCGCGCACUACGAACGAUCCUUUUCCUACUCCGCAAGUAUACUGCGAAGGCUCGUAAGCUGUCCGACGCCUUGUCCGACGCUGACGCGCCAAAGAUAACUCCGGUCAUUUGGGCUGAUCCUCCGCUCGCUAGUGCUUUCGAUGAUCUCAAAAUCGUACUGGAACGUAUAGCAUCUGGACAUUCGCUAGACUCUGCUCUACACAACCUCGCCCUUGUUUCGACUGACAUCGCGAAUCUCCCUGCCGAGGCCACGCAUGACAGCGAAGGCCGACACGAGCUUGGCCUGUACUUCGGGCGUCUCUCAGCGUGGUUCGAUCACGCCCUUGAGGAUACUCAAUACGUCUAUUCUGCGGAAGGCCAGCAGGAAGCUAGUGAGCUCUACGCAUCGGGAAGGCUGCUCGUUCAACAGGCCUCGGAGAGUCGCGCGGAAUGGCUGGAUCAUAUCCGAGGUCUUGCAAGUGAACUUGGCGCUUUCAUAUCCGCCAUAUACUCGGAUCGUACGACCCAACGUCUCAUACGUGCGCUGGACACACUUUCUACUGAUCUCGCCAUGUUCGUCUCCGAUGCCGCGGUGACGGGGCCUGCUCAAGUUCGGGAAACAGAGCGGACAUGGCGCAAGCAGCUUCAACGUGACAUCUUGGUCUGGCUGGUCCCUCGCGUCCUACGUGUCGUCAAGGCCAUUCCUAUGCCCAGAGUAGAGUACACCAGUCGGUCGCUGGACGCUGCGAUUGAUGCUCUGCUCGUUAGCGCAUCUGGAGCAAACACUUCCGCAGCUGCAUCUCUUGUCCCGGACCGCAUCCGUAUCGCGAACUACAGCGAGAUCCAGCGAACGAACAUCAGCGUACACACGUACAAGGGUCAUGUUGACGGCAUGCGCAUCGCAGCGCGGGACAUCGCCUACUACGUCCGCUACAAGGGCUAUCUCAUCGGGUAUGAAGACCAGGGACUACUCAGCAUCGAGGUCGGCGAGAGGCAGGCGCGAGGGCGAGGUCUCAGCGUCGACGUAGAACUCGAGUUCGAGGGCGAGCAAGACGGCGAACGUGCGGAUUCUCACACUGCGCUGCUAGACUCGGUAGGCGAUGCUACGGUGGAGGAGAGCUUGUUCCGAGUCACGGACGUGAAAGUGGACGUCCCGGGGCUCCAGUUAUCGAUCGACAGGAGCAAGCACUGGAUCCUCAACAAGACGUUGCUACAACCUCUCGCUGGCCCGGUCGCACGCACAGCGGCGAGCUACGUGCUUGCUCAGCAGAUCAGGACGGUGCUCGAGUCGUGCGGGCGACUCGGCGCGCUCGUCAAGCGCAGGGCGAAGGAACUCCAUGACCAGCAGAGGUCAAGCGUCCAGGAUACGUCGAGUCCUUCCUUCGAGGACUACUGGCAGGCGAUACUUCAGGAAGUCAGCGAACCUGCAUCGAAGGAUGACGAAUCAAAUGACGAAGAAGAGAACAACGAGCACGUCGAGACGCACACAACGGCGACACUGAAGGGAGUGGUUCGCACCACAGUCACUCAGCACUCGCCUGAAGUGUCACGUCCACCGACGCCUGACGAGACCGUCCUUGCUGUGGGUGUGGUCCCGCAGAUCUUACCAGGGAAAGGUGGACCGGCCGAUGAGCUGGACGAAAACCAUGAGUACGGGACGAGGGACGUCGCGAGGGAGGCACUCGGCGAGGUGCAGGAACGCGUCGACGAUGCGGAAGAGAGCCUACAACAAGCAGCUGAGCGGAUGGUCGAAGUCAGGGAGUCCAUCGACGAAGCUGCGCUCAGGGAGCAAGUGAUAGAGAGGCUGGAGAGGAAGAAGAGCGGGUGGAGGAGCCGGGUUUUCGAUUGA